GGAAUUAUUACUGUAGUGCUUGUCCUCUUUCAAUCCUCUCAGGAGAUAUAUAAUAUGGUGGUCUAUUCAUCCGGUAUCAAGUAUUUUCCUUUGGGUUUCCCUCCAACCUCCUCCAUAAAAUCAUCACAUCUCCUCAUCACCCACUCCCCUCCUUCCCCCCUCUCAAGAUCGACCUACUAGCAUUACAUUCCCCAAGCUGUCAUCGAAGAGUGGAUCAACCAUUCCAGAUGGGGUUACAUUGCAGUCACCGGCAUGUCGCUGGCCACCAAACAAAGCUGCGCUGUUGGUGUUCUAACUCUUACCGCCUGCCGGCACAGUCACGUCGAAGUCAGAAAGAACCGGUGCCGGUCGGCGUAUCGCCCAAUUCCCCCAUCACCGCCAACCUCAGGUAUCGACGGGCCCGUAACCGGGUUAGUUCAACUGGGCGAGACGCCUAGCCGCAUCAAGCCAAGUGACUCAAUGAUCGGUCACUUGCCUGAUUGGGCAGAUUCCUACAGGGUCAUUCAAACAGGCCAAACUCCUCCUCCACCGGGGGCUCUCAUUGGCCCGAGCUCUUCGACCCGUCACAGGGAUCAACUGGCAGAUUGGAUCUGUUCUACGCCCUGGGCUGACUAGAUUGCUUCAACGCACCAGCAGGAAGUAGGCUAGGUGCUUCGUACAUGACACUAACACUACCCUAAUCAACUUAUCACACACGGCGCGUCGCAUGGGGAGGCGGUAUGUCUUCCAUGGAGGAAAUUAUUGCUGCUGUACUACCGUGUCAAGUCAAAUGAUCCGGACUGGGCACCCAUUUGUAUACCCUAUGACGAGGAGAAUAAUGAAUGUUCAGCAGGUGAAACAGCAUUGGGUCUUUCACUUUCCCCCGUCGAUGGAGAGUAAUAUGACCGAGAUGUUUGGGCUGUG